GGGUGGGUGGGUUUCUGUCCUGCCCAAGAUGUGGAAGAUGCCGGCGCUCCUGGGUUUGGUGCAACCUCGCUACUGCUCCCGCUGCUGCCGUUGCUGCUGCUGGUUUCUGCUCCUCUUGCCUCCGCCGUUUUGGAUCAGCCUGGCGGCGGCUAAGCAGGUCUUGAGAUACCGCUUAGCCGAAGAAGGACCGGCCGACAUCCGGAUCGGGAACGUGGCUUCGGAUCUCGGCAUCGUCACCGGCUCGGGCGAGGUAACGUUCAGCUUGGAAUCCGGCUCGGAGUAUCUGAAGAUCGACAACAUGACGGGCGAACUGAGCACCACGGAGAGGCGCAUCGACCGCGAGAAGCUGCCGCAGUGCCAAAUGAUCUUCGACGAGAACGAGUGUUUCCUGGACUUCGAGGUGUCGGUGAUCGGGCCCUCGCAGAGCUGGGUCGACCUCUUCGAGGGUCGGGUCAUCAUUCUGGACAUCAACGACAACACACCGACUUUCCCUUCCCCGGUGCUCACCCUCACCGUCGAGGAGAACCGUCCGGUGGGCACCCUCUACUUACUCCCGACCGCCACCGACCGCGACUUCGGGCGCAACGGCAUCGAUCGUUACGAACUGCUGCAGGAACCCGGCGGGGAGGCCGGCAGGAGAGGCGCUGGGGGGGCUCCGGCAGCCGCUUCGGCCACCGACGGGGCCCUCUAUCCCGUCGGAGGCAAGCGGAGGCAAGAGACCGACGGCCAAGCUCGGAGUAGCGUCUUCGAGCUGCAAGUGGCCGACACCCCCGACGGCGAGAAACAGCCGCAGCUGAUCGUCAAAGGGGCUUUGGAUCGCGAGCAGAGGGACUCUUACGAGCUCAGCCUGCGGGUGAGGGACGGGGGCGAGCCGGCGCGCUCCUCGCAGGCCAUCCUCCGCGUCCUGAUCACCGACGUGAACGACAACAGCCCCCGCUUCGAGAAAAGCGUCUACGAGGCGGACCUGGCCGAGAACAGCAGCCCGGGCACGCCGAUCCUCCAGCUGAGGGCGGCCGACGCCGACGCCGGGGUCAACGGCCAGAUCGAGUAUGUCUUCGGGGCGGCCACCGAGUCGGUGAGGCGGUUGCUGCGCCUCGACGAGGCGUCGGGCUGGCUCAGCGUCCUGCACCGCAUCGACCGCGAGGAGGUGAGCCAGCUGCGCUUCACCGUCAUGGCCCGAGAUCGGGGGCAGCCCCCCAAGAACGACAAGGCCACGGUGGUGCUGACCAUCCGCGACGAGAACGACAACGUGCCCACCAUCGACAUCCGUAAGAUCGGGCGCAUCCCGCUGCGCGACGGGGUGGCCACCGUGGCCGAGGACGUCCUGGUGGAUACCCCCAUCGCCCUGGUGCAGGUCUCGGAUCGCGACGAAGGCGAGAACGGCGUGGUGACUUGCACCGUGGUGGGGGACGUGCCCUUCCAGCUCAAGCCGGCCAGCGAAGGGGAGGGCGAGCCUCAAAACAAGCGCAAGUAUUUCCUCCACACCUCGGCCCCUCUCGACUACGAGGCCCUGCGGGAUUACAACGUGGUGAUCGUGGCCGUCGAUUCCGGCAGCCCCAGCCUCUCCAGCAACAACUCGCUGCUGGUCCGGGUGGCGGAUACCAACGACAACCCUCCCAUCUUCAGCCAGCCAGUGUUGGAGGUGCCCUUCCCGGAGAACAACGCCCCGGGCGAGCGUGUGGCUACCGUGUUGGCCACCGACGCGGACAGCGGCAAGAACGCGGAGUUGGCUUACUCCUUGGAGCCCUCGCCUCUGGCGGCCGAGACUCCCGCGGGCCUCUUUACCAUCGAUCCGGAUUCGGGCGACGUGCGCGUCCAGGCGGUGUUGGAUCGCGAGCAGCGGGACGCUUACGAGUUUCAAGUCACGGCCCGGGACAAGGGUUUGCCUUCCUUGCAGGGCUCGGCGUUGGUGGUGGUGAGAGUGGCGGACCGGAACGACAACGAGCCCCGCUUCAUGCAGGACGUCUUCACUUUCUACGUCAAGGAGAACCUCCAGCCCAACAGCCCCGUGGGCAUGGUGACCGUGAUGGAUGCCGACAAAGGGCGCAACGCUCAACUCACCUUGGCUAUCCAACCGGGCGCGCAAGAAUCAGGAACCGGAGCUGUUGGAGACCCGGGUAUCUUCUCCAUCGAGAAUGACACGGGUACCAUCUACUCCACCGUCUCUUUCGACCGCGAGCUUCAAACCACUUACACCUUCCGCGUGAAAGCCGUGGACGGAGGCGAGCCGGCUCUCUCGGCCACGGCCACCGUCUCGCUCUUCGUCAUGGAUGAGAAUGACAACGCGCCGGCCGUCACCUCGCCGGCCAACACCUCCAUCAGCCUCCUGCCACCUUCCAGCAACCCCCGCUACGUGGUGGCCACGGUUCAAGCCCUGGAUGCCGACGCGGGCCAAAACGCCGAGUUGACUUACAACCUGGUGGGGGGCAACCCUUUUAAACUCUUCGAGAUCGACCCUUCCACCGGGGUGGUCUCUCUGGUGGCCAAGCUGGCCCCCAAACACUACGGGUUGCACCGUCUGGUGGUCCAAGUCAACGACAGCGGUCAACCGCCUCAAGCCACCACGGCUCUCCUCCACGUUUUUGUCAACGAGAGCUUGGCCAACGCCAGCGCGGUGGAGAGUCAAGUGGCGAGGAGUUUACACACGCCGCUGGGCCGGGACAUCGCGGGCGACCCCAGUUACGAGCUGAGCAAGCAACGUUUGAGCAUCGUGGUUGGGGUCGUGGCCGGCGUGAUGGCGGUGGUCCUGUUGAUUUUGGUGGUGGUCUUGGCUCGCUACUGCCGCUCCAAGGGCAAGCACGGCGGCUACGAGGCGGGCAAGAAAGACCACGAGGAUUUCUUUACCCCCCAGCCCCACGACAAGGCCAAGAAGCCCAAAAAAGACCGCAAGGGCAAAAAAGGGGGAGGGAAGCAGCCCCUCUACAGCAGCAUCGUCACCGUCGAAGCCUCCAAGCCCAACGGGCAACGUUACGACAGCGUCCACGAGAAACUCUCCAACGCCGACAGUCCGGCUUUGAACCGCUACCGUUCGGUUAACGGCGGCCCGGGCAGUCCGGAUUUGGCCCGGCAUUAUAAAUCCAGCUCGCCUUUGCCUACCGUCCAGCUUCACCCCCAGUCGCCCACCGCCGGGAAAAAGCACCAAGCGGUGCAGGACCUGCCGCCGGCGAACACCUUCGUGGGGGCGGGGGACAACAUUUCCAUAGGAUCGGACCACUGCUCCGAGUACAGCUGUCAGGCCAGCAGCAAGUACAGCAAGCAGCCGUUCCGUAGAGUGACGUUUUCAGUUGUGAGUCAGCCUCAAGACCCACAUCAAGGGUCUUUGCAGAGUUGCUAUGACAGCGGUCUGGAGGAAUCUGAAACGCCAAGCAGUAAGAGUUCUUCAGGGCCGAGGCUGGGUGCCCUUCCACUCCCAGAAGACAACUACGAAAGGACAACGCCGGAUGGCAGUGUUGGUGAGGCAGAGCAUAUGGAAAAUGGGGAAGAAGUAGCCUUCAAUGGUGUGGCUUUAAGUGCUCCUAGAGGGAUAUCCAGAUUGGGGGUCUGCCAAGAUUCAAGACCUCUGCCAGAUGUUGCCCUGACGGGAAAAUGCACCCGAGAAUGCGAUGAGUAUGGCCACUCUGACUCCUGUUGGAUGCCCGUCCGCACUUCACCCGAAAGGAAGCCGAAAAACCAGCCCAAACUCUCCACCUUCAUGCCCGUCGACGAACGGGGAAGCCCGGAGAAGCUGGCCAACGGAGAGGCCUCCCUGAUGGGCGAUCGCAACAGGAACCUCCUAAACAAAAAGUUAACCUCAUCUUAUGAGACCUUCAGUGCAGCUAGCUUCAGCAAAAGCGAAGAAACCAACCCAGAGGAUAUUCCCCUGGCGCAGACAGGGGAAUACAAGCCAUCUACUAUCAAUACUUUAACUCGAAGGGAAGUUUAUCUCUAGGGGAUCAGGAAGUAACAAUGCCGGUUCUUUCCCAGAGCAGAAGGCUCAAAGCCGAUCACUCAAAACCAUUGGAAAUUGGGAAGGAAGGAAACUAAUCUGUCGAAACCAAGGGGGCUAACCAAAGAGACAAAGGCCUGGCUUGCCUCUUCUGCCUCCCUGCCAGGCAUUUACAUAUCCUGUCUGCCUGACUUAUAUUGUACAAUGUAGAAACCAUUGUUGUCCCUGCAUGUCUUUAACACCGUACUCACCUGUUUUUUUGUUUUUUUGUUUUCCUUAUGAUUUUAUUUUAAUUUUCCAAAAGUUACCGUUAUAAAUUCCUUGCUAGGGAAAACAAACCUGAAAUUGGAAAAAAAAAAAAAAAGGGGGGGGGGGGAAACAUGAGAUAGAAAUUCUGAUUCCCCUCCCCAGCACACACAAAGACACACACACACACACACAAACAUACAUGCACACAGAGAGAGGGACAGACAAAUAGACACGUGCCGCUGAAGCAUUGUUUGAGCCCCUCUGAUUGUCGUCUGCUUGUUUUCCAAAUCGCCGGUCAGUGGGGAAAAGACUGUGCACGUAGAUCUAUGCGUUGCUAUGCGUUCCCAUGUCUGGUUUCCAUCGGAGAUAAACCUUCGGAAACCCUACAAAAGCAAUGUGCAAAAUAACUUUUUUUUAAAAAAAGAGGAAGAAGGAGAAGAGGGAAAAAAGCACUUUUUAAAGGAUCAUAUCUUUAAUACAGCCCUGUGGCUGGAAACAAGAAAGAAAAAGGAAAAAAAGAGGGGUGAGGAGGAUAUUCAGCCUGAGAUUGUAGUCCAAAAUAUUACACAUUCCCUAAAAUCACGACCUGUAUAUUUAGUUUUGAUUGACAGAAAAAUAUAGAUGUCUAUCUCUUUCUAGUUUUAUUAUUUUUACAUGUCUUUCUUCCUUCCCCUUUCCCUCCUCCCAUUCUCUAACAUUUUAACUUAAAUAUAAAAUGAUGGAAUACAUAUAUAAACACACUGACACACAUACAAACACAAAAACAAGUAUACAUGUACACAACAAUGAAUGAAUGAAUGAAUGAAUGAAUGAAUGAAUGAAUGAAUGAACGAACGACGGGGCAUGACUUAUCAAUAUCAAGAAACGGCUGAGCCUGGUGUCAUUUUCACAAGACCAACAUUUAGAUUGGAUGAUCAUAGUAAUUUAAAGACCAAAGAACACACUAUGGAUCAAGGAAAUCGCUCGUUGGUCUUGUCAUGUAAAAUUUGAUCCAGGAACACACUGACAAUUAAGCAUGAUGAUUGUUGUCAACAUGGAUUUUAGUUUGAUGCCCAAAGGAACUGAUGACAUGAGCUUGCUGAAUUAAAAAAUAAUAAUAAUAAUGUGAUUACAUUCACCAACUAUAUUAAACAUGACCCUCUGGCUUCAAAAUAUGUUUUCCUUAGAAAAAAUUACAAAAUCCAUCUGACAAGCUUCAAAACACGUUCAGGGGAUAGCUGAAAGAAGAGUGAAAAUGAAAGCAGUAAGAAGAAUAUGCUUCAAGUCAAAACAUGGCAGCAUCUUGGUUGAGAAGGGAUGCUAAUUUUUGGGUUCUCGCAGUGUUCCAGGUUAUUCAUUUGCUGUAGGCAAAGGUGUUAUGCAGGUUUUUCUUAAAACACAAGUGCAUUUAAGCUGAGUCUCGUGCAAUACCCAACCCAUGUUGAGACUCCAGGCGACCGAGAGUCUCGGCAGACGUCACUCCCAACAUGCAAAAUGGCGCGGCUUGCGACUUCGUAGAAAGCAUCCAAGCCAGAUCAUGAUUGCGUAGAGCUCUGGGUCGUGACGAUUUGUAUAGUUUUGCACUAUAUACAGGGGAUAGGAAAAAAAAUGGACCAGAUAAUUUUUUUUGUUGUUUGUUUUGUGCAAUAAGAAGUUGCAGAGUAUGGAAAACUGAGCUAGUUCUGUAUUGAUGAUUAAAAAAAAAUAAUAGUAAUAAAGAAUGGACAUUCAAAUAAACCUGACAAUCGGUCAAUGCAGUGGGAACAGCUUGGGAAGGGUGCAAAAACACCAUCUUCUCGGGUUGUUUAACUUGACAUUAAAGCAUGGAUAGAUGGUUCUAAUAGAUUUAGUGACAAGGUAGCUUGGAUAGUUUACUUUAAGAGUGACAUAGAAUAUAUUAUUAGACAGUUUGACGUAUGGGCCAAUCAGCUGGUACAAAUCCCUCAUGACUUUUGUCUUUUAAACUCUCAAUAGCAAAGUGCUCUUUUUUUGAAAAAAAAAUGUACUUCUUCUUUGCAUUUAAUCAUCCGAUUGGUUCUUAGCUUGCGUGUAGCAACUGAACAUAUUGGCGCAUUUUAGAAAUGGAGAAAUGUCAAAGGAAAAUUUAGGAGUUGAAUUGAUCAUUCUAAUGCAUCCUUUUUUAAAAAAAAAAUAUAGAUAGAUAGAUAGAAAACAGAAAUUCAGAUUUUGACUGGAUUAGAGGACUGACUAAAUCCUUUCCUGUAUUUGUAUAACUCUUAAGUAUAUGUUAAAGGCAAAAUGCUUGUGAAUAUAUUUGCAUUAAAUAUGCAUAUUUUUUUCAGGCUUCAACCGAAAACACCAUCAGCCACACGAAAGAACAAUCGAAUAUUUUCUCUGUGUAGAAUUAGGAUACACCGAGCAUUAUUUUAGAGACACUAAAUGGUAGCAGUCUGAAUCGUCGUUCUUUUUAACCUCAUUUCUAAAGAGCCAAUACGUUAAAACAAGACUUUUCAGAAUUAUAUGGAUUAGCCUGUAUUCCCCUUUUUGCGUGCUACAUUAACGGCACAUAUAAGACUGAACAGUUUAGCUAAUUUAGUUGUAGUGAUAAGCCCAAAGGAUGUCAAAAAAGUAAAAAGAAAAAAAAAAGAGAGAAAAAAGAAAGAAAAAUAGGUGUGCUUGUUUAUAUGUUCAGUAAUCCUAGUAAAACCUAACCAUCAAAAACAUAAUCAACAGCUUCUCUUACUACCCAGCAUGAUCCACAGAUAUAUAUAUAUUUUUUCGUGUACGUUUUUCAUUUGAAAUUAGUCGAAUUGGGAAACACUCCUUCUAUAGAGUGCUUUUAUAUUAAAUAAACAAAUACAUUAAAAAAAAUGGAAAUGGAAAGUUUUAGAGUGAAUGCAAAAUAUGCAAUUGUGCCUUUUAUACUGUUGUCAUGGUAAAACAGCACUUGGGUUACACACUAAAAAUACUGGGCAGUUCCCACUUUUUUCAACCUGUAUAUUUAACCCGGUUUAUUUUCUGAAAAGCAUCAAAUGAUAUAUUUUUUAAAAAGGGGGAAAAAAACCUUCUGCCAAACUCAAAUAAUAGACCAGUCCAGGAGUAAAAUGCACUUUACUUUCCUACCGGCUCGCUUAAUGUGCGUCCCAGUUUGACAGGGGCGGAGCCUCCCACUGGAACUACCAGUUCGCCAAACCACCUGCGGCCGCCGCUACCGGCUUGCACGAACUGGAUAGAGCCAGCUGCAUUUCACCCCUGGACCAGUCUUAAAUAUAAUCCAUUAAAAAAACAAAGGAAGAAGAGAAAGACUCUGGUUUGGGAACAGGUUUGAACAGGUUACGUUAAAAAGCUACAGUAUUGAUCUCCGUAAUAAGAAAUGAUGACUCUCUUUUUUGAGGGCAGAGAAAUUGACGAAUCUUUGUUCAUGCUCUUGUUGCUUUUUUAAAUAUAUGAAGGUUUGGGGUUUUUUUUGCAGCCAUUUUGUUUUAAUCGCUGUCUUAGUUCGAUUUCACGAGGAACUCAAGUGAAUGUGUUUUGCACACUCCUAGCUUGACAUGCCACUCAUGUAAACUUUAUAUGAAUUAGAAGAAGAAAAAAAAGUCAUAUUAACUUUGAUAUAAACUCUUGCGCUCAUACCGACCUCCAGCUAGGCUAAUAUAUAGCCAGUUUCAUUCCUGACUGGCCUACUGUCUGACUUUCUUGAAAACAAGAUAGAUGCUAUUUUUAUGUGGGAAGUGGGCGGGGGGGGGAAGAACUGCGGUGAACAGAUGGAAGGUGUUGGAAGAAAUACUACCCUAGGAAAUUGUCAUUGUUGGAAAGCAAAGGUGUGGGGAAAUGGAAAUGGGGCUGGAAAAAAAAAAAGAAAGAAAAAGAAAGCAUGUUAAGUACGACCAUCACUAACAAGACUUGAGCAGCAUUUGACAAGGCGAAGAAUGGAACAAGUUCUCCAGAUGUUCCAUCAAUGGUUAAAGAGCCAAUGUUCUCUUAAGUGCUGAAAGGAACAACACUAAUGUUGGACAAUUCCUUGAAGGAACUUGGAAGAAGGCAUCUUUCCUAGCUACCUGGGGUACCCUUUCAGGCCCUUCUUUUCCUGAUUUUUUGAAGCACUUACAUUCAGUGUGGUUACGAUCCGUUGUAUUAUUAAUCAUUGACUAUUGUUCUGCUACUUGGAUGUUAAUAGUGAAGCAGAGAAACAACUUAUUUGUUUAUUAUGAGUCACUAUGCACGCAACUAUGCUAAGGAAAAAAAAAACAUGGCAAAAAUGUACUCGAUGCUAGUCCACCUCUAUUUAUGAAAGAUUUUGCAUAAUUUUAUUUGCUUUUGUACAGUUUUCUGUAAAUAAAUUGCUUGUCAUUUUUUUUUGUCUCUGCAAAUUAAAAUAUAACAUGUUAAAAUGGA